GUGGGGACAGAGGGAGAAAGGCAUAUUAGUGCGCCAGGGUGCCAGUGUGAGGUCACAUCCUGCAUGUCACGCAGAAACUAAAUCAAGUUUGAGAGAGCGACUUGUAACGGAGUUUGGAGAAGGAGGGUGAAGGCGCAUCGGAUACGUGUUAUGAAGGACGAAAAGAGACUCCCUCUAGGAGUUUCUAAUAUGUCGGGAUGUGAGCUGCACCUGUGCUAGAAUGGCCUCUCAUCGCACUGGGAUCUGUGAGGGAUGGCAGCUUUUCACCAUCACCAUCACCACCAUCUCCCAAACGCGGACCUGCGGAGGCUUUUCCACCGGCUCACCCUCGCGUCCUCUUUGAGCAUCCUCUGCUUCUCGCUGGUUUAUCUCCUCACUGGUUGCUGCCAGUCUGGUGUGGUAGAAAACUCUGACUUCAAGCGACCCACUCCCUGGUUCCUCACGCCCCUAAGGCUGUACGAGAGGAACGGAACCGGGGCUUCCAGAGAAGGGUCAGUUGGCGAGGGUGCUGUCACCGAUCAUGCCGGGCUAGAGACGAACAUCUCGGGGAAGGAAUGGACAGCCAGUCGGAGGUUACCCCAUGCUCUGAUCAUUGGGGUUAAGAAAGGAGGAACCAGAGCUUUGCUGGAGUUUCUGCGGCUGCACCCGGACAUCCGAGCCCUCGGGUCCGAACCGCACUUCUUUGAUCGGCAUUACGCACGAGGACUGGACUGGUACAGGAGUAUGAUGCCCAAGGCACUGGAUGGCCAGAUCGUAAUGGAGAAGACGCCUCGCUACUUUGUCACCGUGGAAACACCAGCACGAGUCCAUGCGAUGUCACAAGACGUGAAGCUGAUUGUGGUUGUGCGGGACCCUGUGACCCGAGCUAUAUCUGACUACACGCAGAUCAUUUCCAAGACACCUGACAUACCUUCUUUCAAGAACCUCGCCUUCAAGAACCACACCACUGGUCAGAUUGACACUCAGUGGAGUCCUCUAUGGAUUGGCUUGUACGCCCAGCACCUGGAGCGCUGGCUGGCCUGGUUCCCCCGGAGUCAGGUCCAUCUGGUCAGCGGGGAAAGGCUCAUCUCUGACCCAGCUGGGGAAGUGGGGAAAGUCCAGGACUUUCUGGGCCUCCAGAGGAUCAUCACAGACAAACACUUUUACUUCAACAAAACUAAAGGCUUCCCCUGCCUGAAGAAGCCAGAGGGGAGUAGUAAACCUCACUGCCUGGGGAAGACCAAAGGGAGGACGCAUGCCUCCAUGGACCCAGAGCUGAUGCAGACAUUGAGGGAUUUUUACAGGCCGCACAACCAGCGCUUUUAUCAAAUGGCGGGGCAGGAUUUUGGAUGGCAGUGAGGAUAUCAGAUAGGAAGAUAUCCUCAGUCAUUUAUUGAGACACAAUUAAUGAAGGACAUUUUUGGUAAGACUUCAAAUACAGUACACUGGUGGCCAAAGUAACAGCUUGGCUUUUCCCUUAGCAUUAUUAUUUCUAGUGGCUGGUCAGCCAACCACUGCUGGUUGUGCAUUGGUUGAGCACAUUGUAGUCAUUGGUCAUUACAGGAUACAUGGCUAGAAAUGACAAAUAACUAAGGUCGCUGUACCCUAACACGGAAUGUUUCAGUGUUCACUCCACAGUCUCCACUUUGCCUCAACGCCCAGUUUUUGUUGCUGCCCUCAUAUCAAAAAACAAAAUAAUGUGUCUGGUUCUAGCUGAUGUGUUCAAUGCGACGAGUAGAGCUGAGCCAACCAAUGCUGUGGAAAAAUGGCAUGUAUGGACACAAGUAUUGGGACACUUGGUUGUAACACUUACUGGAAGUCAAUGGAAUCGGACUGGAAUCAAUGACUGUUUGCACUAUGCUUUGAAGAACGGACAGAGGGCCGGACUUAUCAUCUAUCGCUCAUUCCAAAGGUGUCUGAUGGGGUUGAGAUCAGCACUCUGUGUGGGUUCUUACACACUAAACCCAUCUAACUACCCAUGCAGGAACAAAAAAAGGGCCUUUCCCAAUCUGUUUUUACAAAGCGUUUGACCCAAAUGACUUACGGCAAAAUUAGUAGGAAUGAAAAUGAACGGGCUGGGAUGGAACAACAAGGUAAAUGCAGGAAGACACACUAAAGGAAGUGCGAAGUCUUUACCAUACUGUGGACGACAGGAGCAAAAAUGGUAAUUCUGAAAGUAUGGUUUGAGAGAAGUCAAGAAGUAACUAGUAAUAAUUCGGCGUCUUUCUGUUGGUGUGCCUCGUUGUUCCAGCCAUCACCGGAAAUCGGGAUAUCUGAGGAGGAAACACAAGGCAAAACGAGUGGGAGGCAACAACACAAAAAAAUGAUGAAAAUAUCGACAUUACCAUUUUUCAGAUGAUCCAGAAUGCAUAUUAUUCAUUUCUACCUGUUAGUUACUUCAUUCUCACUGGAUCAAUCAAUGCGUCGGCCGUGAGCGACAUGACCCAAGUAUUAUUCCCGAAAAAGGGAUGAAUCUUUUAUGUGGCGAACAGCAGAGAGAAUCUUUAAAUGAGCUCAGAUUUGACUGAGUGGUUUUGUAUUCGUCAAUAAUGAAUGUGGCUAAAUGGACGUAGGUGGUGUAAGUGGUGUGCAUCACUUGGCCCUUAGCACAUGCUGCUGUACUGUACGUGUCUGCUGGGGCUCGGCUCAGUACAUUUGGGUCAAUGAGGAGAGCAAAUGGUGUGAGGCGACGUUCAGAACCUCGUGGGGUUAAGUGUACAGUUGUUUCUUUGGAUGGUGGACACUUUCAGGCUUUGUGAGGCCUGCUUACAGGGUUUUCUUUUUGCAUGUAUUUGCACUAGUUUAAAAACAACAAAUAAAAGUAUUUUUAAGCAAAAUAA